GUUUGCAGUGGCGGUAACGAGCGCGUCUUCAACAACGCUGUUUUAUUAUUACUCGUGUACUUAUAUAUAGAAUUUUAUAUUGGCAAGCUGCUAAAUUGCACGCAGAAUUGCACUUGAGUAAAUCCAGCCUGCACCGACAAUGGGCCUGAUGACUGUCAAGAAUAACAACAACAACCACAACGCCGAUAAUGAUAACAACAAUUACGCGAGUGCUACGACCGCCUCGAGCGCUGCUAAAGUGGAGGGCGACAUCGCGCCCACACACAUAUCCACGCCGCGGAGUGCCACGAAUAAGGCGUUACCAGCCGGCAAGGCAGCUGAAAAAUUACCGCGUAACUUAAGCGCUGCUCAUGCUGUUGGCGAUAUCGCCGCCAUCGCGGCAGUUGCUGCGGAUUGUGAGCGCUUGCUUGCAGCUGCAACAGCUGAUGUAGCUGACAACCACACCUUUAAGAACAACAACAAUGACGAGAAGUUGGAUGCAAAUGAACUUAGCCAUGCGAGCGAGGAAACCGCGAACGCCAUCGGCAAUUUAACUGACGCGCCACAGCAUUACUAUGACAAAGUUGACGCCGAUGACAAUGACACUGACUACGCAGAUGAUGAUGAUGAUGUUGAUAACGAUGUGGACGAUUUAGAUGACGCAGAUGCGGAGGUAGCACCCGUUGCGCGGCGCGCGUCUCACUCGCAACUCGAUUACACGACAUCUUUUGCCUCCUACGACAGUCAUGUGCAUCAAUUGAGUCGCGGUGAGCGUAAUAAUUCGCAUGCAACAUUAAGGGCGCUGCGACAACAGCGUCAGCAGCAGCAGCAACAACAAUUGCAUUCGCGACUGAGCGCAUAUCAAAAUGUGAGCUCUUUGAAGCUUAGCGCCUCUAGCGCGUCGAUUUGUUCGUCGACCACCUCUACCUGUCCCGCAUAUAGUGUCGGCGGUGAGCCGCUUUAUCAGUCGGUUGCAUUGAAUGAU